AUGAGUGAGAUACAAGAUCCAUUAAAAACUUCUUGUUAUUAUGAAAUAUUGGGUUUGUCAAUAGAUUGUAAUGAAGAGGAUAUACGUAAGGCAUAUAAGAAACUUGCAAUAAAAUGGCAUCCUGACAAAAAUUCAGAUAAUCUUGAAUAUGCUACAAGUGUAUUUCAACGUAUUUCAGAAGCUUAUCAAGUUCUUUCUGAUCCAGAAAAAAGGGAAAGAUAUGAUAAUGGAGAAUAUAAUGAAGAUUCUCAACAAGAAUUUUAUGUUGAUCCUUUUCAAAUAUUUCAAACUACGAUUGGAAAUAUAUUUUUUAAUCAUACAAUUGGACUAAAUUUUGGAUUUUCUAAUAUUUUUGAUAUUAUUGAAGAAUCAUUAACUACACAUAAUGAUUCCAAUAUACUAUAUUAUUAUAGAUCUAAGAAUAGUCAGAAUAAAUGUAAGGAACCAAAAAUAUAUCAACAUACAUAUAAUAAAGGAAUAAAAAGUAGAAAUAAUAAAAAUAAAUGGUAUGGAUCAAGAAGAUUAGGUCAAGCUAUGGAAUAUUCUAGGAAAAUCAAAUUUUUAAAAACUUCUUUUUAA